AUGGACGCCAAGAGGACUGCCGUCGGGCGCGCCAGCGUAACGGCGCUCGUCACCGCCUGCGUCACCGUCGUCGCCUACGCCUUGGCCACAGCGGCCGAGUACGCACUCGACCGCUACCACCUCUGCAGCCAGGCUUCCUUCCUCCUGCGCUGCGUCAGUGUGACGGCCGCCGAGUGGAGGGCCCUCUGGCUCGCCAUGCUCUGCUGCACGGUGCUCGAGGCGGCCGUGGCGGCGCUGGCGCUGCGGCUCCCAUGCCGCCGCCGCGCCCUCGCCUGCCUCCAGCUCGAGGUCACCAUGGUCCGCCACUGCAUGUGCGCCCGCGCCUUCCUCCUCCCCCUCGCCGCCGACCCGGAAUAUCUAGUCGGCACGAUCUGCAUCGGGUUCACCUUCUGCUUCGCAGCGAACGACGUCGCCAACUUCGUGCACUUUCUCCGUGGAGGUGACAACUGA